AACUUAUAGACCCCUUAUUGUGACAAUUUUCUCGGUGAUAUUUGUGGGAAGAUUUUUUUAGAAGGAAUUGUCAAAUUUACUGUACAAAAAAAUAAUUGAAAAUCAAAAUUUACAUUAAAGGAAUUGGAAUUAGUUCUUUGGCUUUGGCUAACAAGAAACGAAGGUGUUUGAAACAUUGACGGGAGCGAGCAGCAGAAGAUUUGGAAAAAAAGAAAAAAAAGUGCGUCUUUGUAUAAGUGUGUGCGUGUAAAUGUGAAUGACAAGAAGAGGUCCGAUAUCGGUGUGUGCAAAAGUGCUGGAAUUUCAAUUUAAGGCAAAAAGCCGACAUCAGCAGCAGCAGAAGAAGCAUUGAAGAGGUGUAUAAAAUCACAAGACAGACAAACCUAAAAAAACUAUAUUAACAAAAAGGAAGAAAAUACAACAAAUACAUGCUUGGCGUUGGUGGCUGCUACAACACUUGCCAGUGAAUGUUGCUAAUGUUGAUUCAUUAAUUUCGCCCCAUCAUAAUUUCUUUUGGUGACAACAAAAAAAAAAACGUAAUACAUCUGAGUAACUCAAAGAGGGCGGGGUGUUGUUUUUUAUAUUGUAAAAAGAACGAAAAAAAUAGUCAAGGAGGACCAGUUGACAGGAGAGAGAUUUAUUCCUUUUUGUGUUUAUCAAUCGUCAUCACACUGCUGCUGCCCAGCCCGCUGUCUCCAAACAUAAGCCGGCCAGCAUUAUUUAUUAUUGCCUUUUUUGAGAAAACAGAAAAUUUCAAUAUUUUCCUUGGUGGCUAUUUUUUGAAGUGAAAUAAUAAAAAAGCUAUGAUUUUGUUGGAAAUCAAUAAUCGUAUCGUCGAGGAGACGUUAUUGGUGAAGUUCCGUAAUGCCUUGGCCGGAUUAAAACCAGAAUCAAUAGACAUUAAAAUAGCAGACUUUGAUGGUGUGUUAUUUCACAUAUCCAACAUAAAUGGUGAUAAGACAAAAGUUCGAACAAGCAUUUCUUUAAAAUUCUAUCAACAAUUACAAGAACAUGGUGCCGAUGAAUUGCUCAAGCGUGAAUAUGGCAGUCUGUUAACUGAAACGGAAGAUGGCUACAAUGUAUCCGUACUUAUUAAUUUAGAAGAUAUACCCUCAGACUGGGAAGAUGUUGCCAAAAAGAUUGGCUUGCUGAAGCGUAAUUGUUUUGCGUCCGUUUUCGAAAAGUAUUUCGAUUUCCAAGAACAAGGUGAAGAGGGCCAAAAACGUGCUGUUAUCAAUUAUAGAAACGAUGAGACUUUGUAUGUUGAGGCCAAAGCGGAUCGUGUUACUGUUGUUUUUAGUACCAUUUUCCGUGAUGAAGAUGAUGUUGUUAUAGGUAAAGUUUUUAUGCAAGAAUUGCGUGAAGGUCGUCGUGCAUCGCAUACUGCACCACAAGUGCUCUUUUCCCAUCGUGAACCACCAUUAGAAUUGGCCAACACGGAGGCUAAAGUUGGCGAUAAUAUUGGUUAUGUUACAUUUGUGCUCUUUCCACGUCAUACUAAUAAGGAAACUAGAGAUAAUACCAUUAAUUUAAUACACAUGUUCCGAGAUUAUUUGCAUUACCACAUUAAGUGUUCAAAGGCUUACAUUCACUCAAGAAUGCGUGCAAAAACUUCCGAUUUCUUAAAGGUCCUCAAUCGUGCAAGACCCGAACACAAGUCCCUAGAAAAGAAGACCAUAACGGGGAGAACAUUUAUACGCAAAGAAUGAUUUAUGGACAAUGUCUAGUUGUUUUUUUUAUUAAUGUAUUAAUUUUUGUAUUAUUAAACGAAAUAAAUAUAUAAAUGGAACAUGCGAAAAUAAUAAUAAUAACAAUAAAGUGAAAAAGAGAAUAACAGUUACAAUUAACAUUUCCAAAAAUUACAAAAAAAAAAAACAAAAAUAAAUAAACAAUUCAACAUCAUCGCCAUGAGAAUUCUCAUUUUGAUAGUAACAAUAAAAAAUAACAACAACAAAUUGUUUAACAAAAAUUAACAAAAAAGAAGGAAAACACAACAACCAUACAACGCCAAUAUCUUUGUCGCAACCAAAUUUAAGGUAUUCCAAAAGUUAAAACUUUGUCUUAUAAAAAUUAAAAAAAAAACUCCCCAAAAAUAUGGAAUCAUGAACACGAAAAACCCAAAACACACACACAUAUAUACAUACGGAACUAUGAACUAAUAACAAUUAUUAUUAAUAAUAAUGUGGUUUAACCCUUAAGAAUGAAAAAAAAAACAAAAACAAAAAAUUGUAAUAAAAAUAGAAGUUUUAAGUUUUUUUUAAUGUAUUAUUUUUUAUUAUUUGUGAAAAAUCAAACAAAACCUAAACACAUAAGCUAAAACUAAAAAUAAUAAAAAACAGUAAAAAUUUGUUAACAAAAAAA